CUUGUCUGUUUUGUUGGAAUCGGAUGAGUCGUAAUUUUAGUUUUAUAAGUUUUAUUUUGACCCGGGUUUAACCUAAUUAUGGUCUUAUCGUCGGGUGUAGUCGUAAUUUGAAAACCAAAGACGUCAUCUGUUUUUGGAAAUUUCUCUAGAUUUGAGAAAAAAAAACCUCUCCCGAUCGUCCCACGAAUUCAACCCUCUCAAACAAACAAAGCCGGUGGAUCGUUCGGUGCCAUGUUUACCGAUCGCCGCACAGUUUCAACAACGAUAAUUCCAAAACGGCUGACGAUUCGCGCUCUCGGGCAGAGGAGCAGUAGCAAUGUUUCAUUCGUUCAAUUCAGUGACCAAAGAAUGGAUCUCCCGAUUUCCACCACCGGUCGUCGACCCGAAAGCGAACCUGGGUCAAAUCAUUUUGGAUACACUCGAUCGCAACCCUUCGAAAGUACUGCAAAUCGAUACGGACACGUCGCGUCAAAUGACAGCUCGGGAAAUGCGUCUUCGUACGAUCCGGAUAGCACAGAACCUGGCAGGACUUGGAUUCGGUAAGGACGAUAUGGCAGCGUUGGCUUGUUCAAACAGUGAAAAUUUAAGCCCGAUUGCACUGGGUCUGAUGGUUGCCGGCAUACCGUUUAUACCCCUUCCCAUGGGUUUCAACGCCGAUGAUCUUGGUCAUCUGAUGGGUUUAGUUCAACCGAAGCUCGUAAUCUGUGACGAAGCGAUUCUCAAACUGUUACUGGAGGGUGCCGGAGAGGCACUCAAAAUCAAACCCGUAAUGUUCGUGAUGGAAAGUGAAAGAGAAAACGUUCGUAAAAUCGACGAACUUUUGCGGGAGACUGGUAGCGAAACUGACUUCAUUCCACAGUAUCACGGUAGCAUGAAUAGUCAGCCUAGCAUCAUUAUCUGCACUUCGGGGACCACGGGACGUCCGAAGGGAGUGUGCAUCCCGCAAGCACACAUCGCUUUUGUGCUGAAUCGACCAACAACCGGCAAAGAUAACAGCGAUCUUAUCUUCAAUUUCAGUCCUCUGUACUGGGGGACGGGUUUGUUUGCCCUUUUGAACUCCAUCUCAACUGGAACUACUCGUGCUAUCAGUCGCAGUCUGUUUAAUGAAGACAUUUUCUUCGAUGUUCUGGAGCGCUACAAGCCGACGCACUUCCUCACUCCACCGUCGCAUGCGAUUCUGCUGCUGAGUCAUCCACGGGCAGAAACUGCCGAUUUCAGUAGACUGCAAAGUUGGAGUCUGACUGGGAGCUACGCUUCACCCGAGCUCAAACGAGCCAUGCAAGCAAAACUUCCGAACGGACGUAUCUUUAACAGUUAUGCUUCUUCCGAAAUAGGAUUGAUCGCAAUGGAUAUGAUGAACAGCAAAGAGGGUACGGUGGGUCGGUUGAUGCCCCAUCUAGAGGCGAAAGUCAUAGAUGACGAAGGAAUCGCAGUAGGCAUUGGUGAGCGGGGCGAGCUUUUGAUUCGAACGAUGAUUCCAUUCUUGGGCUACUACAACGAUGAGGAAGCAAACAGUCAAUUAAUUGACGCGGAUGGAUGGAUUCGAACCGGCGACAUCGGCUACUUGGAUGAGGAAGCUUUUGUCGUUCUGGUUGACCGAGUGAAAGAUGUCAUCAAGUACCGAGGCUAUCAACUGUCACCGGUGGACCUGGAAACGGUGAUAGCAAGCAUCGACGGUGUUCGACUGGUCUGUGUGGUUGGCAUUCCGGAGCUAGAUGAUUCGUCGGAUUUACCCGCAGCGGUUAUCGUCAAACAUUCCGGGAGUGAACUGACGGAACAACGGGUGCUGCAGGUCGUAGAACGACAGGUUUCCGAUCAUAAACGGUUGCGGGGUGGUGUAUUUUUCUGGCCGGAGCUACCACUGACAGCCACGGGAAAAGUACUGCGGAGGUUGGUUAAGGAGCAACUGUUAGAUGAUAUGAAUCGGAAAGUUGGCUAAACUAUUGGAAUGCUUUAUUGAAUCUUAUAUUAUGUAUUAUAACAUUAUUAAGUCAUUGUUCUGUCAAUACUGUAUAAAACGAGAAAUUACACAAA